CUUCAUCAGCAAGCGACUUGGGAAGAGGAUCUCGACAGAGUCAUCCGACGAUGAAGAUGAAGAUGAGCGACGCUCUGAUGGAGGUGAAGGACAUAUUAUCGACGAGAUCCCCUAUGUGACCUACGAUAGCCGCACAACGAGUAAUGCUUGUUCCAGGUCCACCGC